GAAAUGUCUCAGUGUCCCUCAGUGGAUCUGCUGUAAUAAUGUCUGGAGAUUCAGUGACUCUGAACUGCAGCAGCGACUCAAACCCUAUUGCAGAAAUCAGCUGGUUUAAAGCAACCAAGUACGUAGGAUCUGGAAGAAUCUUCAACAUCUCCAAGAUCAGCUCUGCUGACAGUGGAGAAUACAAGUGUAGAGCCAGAAAUGAACAUGGAGAGAAAUACUCUGAUCCUGUGACUUUAGAUGUCCAGUAUCCACCCAGGAACAUCUCAGUGUCCCUCAGUGGACCUUCUGUGAUAAUGUCUGGAGAUUCAGUGACUCUGAGCUGCAGCAGUGACUCAAACCCUCCUGCAGAAAUCAGCUGGUUUAAAGGAGAAACAUUCAUAAGGUCUGGAAGAAUCUUCAACAUCUCCAACAUCAGCUCUGAUGACAGUGGAGAAUACAAGUGUAGAGUUAGAAAUGAACAUAGAGAGAAAUACUCUGAUCCUGUGACUUUAGAUGUCCAGUGUGAGUUUAUGAUGCUUCAUCAACUGAUAUAUUUCCUCUUAUAUAUGUAG